UGCUAGCUCGUUAGACAUCUCUCGCCGGCUGAUCGAUCGAUGGCGCCCGUGGAAAAGGUCUUCGUCGCAGCUCUCCUCGUGCUCGUCAUUGUGUCGACCGGCCCUGGCGCCGUCGUCUCAUCCGCCACGCCCGUCGACGCUGCUGGCGCCCCGGCAGGGGAAGCUCCGGCGCCGCUCGUCGCCCGCCUCCACCUCGCGUUCUCGGCCAUGCCGGCCGACGGCGGCGAAGGGCAGCAGCCUGGCCAGGGCGGCGGUGCCGGGUGGAUGAUGGAGUGCUUCGGUGCGGUGACGGAGCUGCGGUCGUGCACCAACGAGAUCGUCCUCUUCUUCAUCAACGGCGAGUCCUGGCUGGGCCAAGACUGCUGCUUCGCCAUCCGCACCGUCACGCGCCACUGCUGGCCCUCGAUGCUCUCCUCCAUCGGCUUCACCGCCGAGGAGGCCGACGUCCUGCGCGGAUUCUGCGACGCCGAGGUCGGAGGCGUCCAGGCAGCUCCUCCCCCGCCGCCCGCUCCACUGGCUCUGGCGCCGGCGCCGGCCGCGCAUCCUUGAGUUAGCCAGCGCGCCUAAUAAUCUAUUAGCGCA